GUCACACUUCGCACUUAACCAAAAAUUUUCCAUCCAGGGACGGGGGAGGCAUUCAAUUCAUAACGAAACAGGAAACAGGGCAAAGUUGAGACCAAAUAACAUCUCAUCGGGGAAUCAGGACUUCAUACGGGAACAUUACCAUAGCAUCAUAAAAACAUGGACAGCUAAACAAAAGACAGGAACCCGCUACCGGCAUAACUGCGUCAUAAAACUCAAUACUGUAUACUCGAUUUUCACCGUAAAUAUCCAACAUAAUGGAAUGAAAAUUUCUACCAGUAUUCCAUAAUAUUCACAGGACAAGUUGCAAAUCCUUCACUUAGAUUAAAAUAACGACAACAGCCAAUUUUAAGCCGGUAGGUGAGCCAAGACUCCCUCCACAUUAUAUGGAAGAUACUUGGGAUAAGCUAAAAAGUGCUGUUAUUGCUAUUCAGAAUGCAACAGGAAAUCAAUAUGCUUUAGAAGAACUUUAUCAGGCUGUAGCAAAUAUGUGUAAUCAUAAAAUGGCACCAAUAGUAUAUGACAGAUUAUAUGAUUUAGUUGAGGUACAUGUUGCCCAGAAUAUUGAACAAUUUUUAGCAGAAUCUAUGGAUCGCCUUUUAUUUUUGAAAAAGAUGAAUGAUACAUGGUCCGCCUAUUGUAAUCAAAUGAAAAUGAUUAGAAGCAUAUUUUUACAUUUGGACAGAACUUAUGUGCUUCAAAACUCUUCUCAGUUGAUGUCUAUUUGGGACAUGGGUUUGGAAACAUUUAGUAAAUAUAUACUCUUAAAUACCCUUGUACAAACUAGAGUAGUUGAAGGCCUACUAAUGUUGAUUGAAAAGGAAAGACAGGGUGACCAAGUUGAUAGAACUCUUCUCAAAUCCCUUUUGCGGAUGUUGACUGACCUACAAAUUUAUGAUAAGGCAUUUGAACAGAAAUUCUUACAAGCCACAGAACGCCUUUUUGCAGCAGAGGGUCAAAGACUUAUACAACUGCUGGAUAUUCCUGAUUAUCUAAACCAUGUUGAUAAAAGAAUUAAGGAAGAGAGAGAUCGAGUUAUUCAUUAUCUAAAUGAUACGACUGAAAAACAGCUUAUUCACACAGUUGAAAAACAAUUGAUCAGUGAACAUAUUAGUCAAAUUCUACAGAAGGGUCUAAGGCAAUUGAUGAAUGAAAAUAGAAUAAGUGAUUUAACUUUAUUGUACACAUUGUUAGCCCGUGUUAAAAAUGGAACUACAGAACUGUGCACUGCUUUUAAUGGGUAUAUUAAAACGAGAGGAAAGACUAUUGUUAUUGAUCCAGAGAAAGAUAAGUCGAUGGUUCAGGAGCUACUUGAUUUUAAAGAUGCAAUGGAUAAUGUUGUUUCUACAUGUUUUGCUAAAAAUGAGAAGUUUACCAAUUCUCUUAAAGAGGCAUUUGAACAUUUUGUUAAUCAACGAACCAAUAAACCUGCUGAACUUAUUGCAAAAUUUGUGGAUUAUAAACUUCGUGCCGGAAAUAAAGAGGCUACCGAAGAAGAAUUAGAAAAACUAUUAGAUAAAAUAAUGGUUAUAUUCCGUUUUAUUCAAGGCAAAGAUGUGUUUGAAGCGUUUUAUAAAAAGGACCUAGCGAAGAGGUUAUUGGUGGGUAAAUCAGCCAGUGUUGAUGCUGAGAAGAGCAUGUUAAGCAAGCUCAAACAGGAGUGUGGAGGUGGAUUCACGUCAAAACUUGAAGGCAUGUUUAAAGAUAUGGAAUUAAGUAAAGAUAUUAAUGUUGCGUUUAAACAGCAUCUGAGUGUGAACAGUAGAAAUUUGGCACCUAUUGACAUGUCGGUGAGCAUUCUCACCAUGGGCUACUGGCCCAGUUAUCAAGCAAUGGAAGUCAGUCUUCCAUACCACAUGGUGAAGUUUCAAGAUGUAUUUAAAGACUUUUAUCUCAGCAAACACAGUGGAAGAAAACUUCAGUUCCAGCCAACAUUAGGACACUGUGUAUUAAAGGCAAGCUUUAAAGGUGGAAAAAAAGAAUUGGUUGUAUCUCUUUUUCAAACAGUAGUUAUUCUGUUAUUUAAUGAUUAUGAUGAACUGAGUUUGGAGGACAUAAGAGCAGCUACUAAUAUAGAAGAUGGAGAGCUACGGAGAACAUUGCAAUCUUUAGCAUGUGGAAAAGCUAGAGUCCUGAAUAAAAUCCCCAAAGGGAGGGAUAUUGAAGACAGUGAUAAAUUUAGAUUCAAUAAUGAUUUUACCAAUAAGCUGUAUAGAAUUAAAAUCAAUCAAAUACAAAUGAAGGAAACUUCUGAGGAGCAAAAGGCGACUGAAGAAAGAGUGUAUCAAGAUAGACAAUACCAAAUUGAUGCUGCUAUUGUGCGCAUUAUGAAGAUGAGGAAAACACUCAGCCAUAAUUUGCUCAUCAGUGAAUUAUAUCUGCAACUCAAAUUUCCUGUUAAGCCUGCUGACCUGAAAAAACGCAUUGAAUCCCUUAUCGAUAGAGACUAUAUGGAACGCGAUAAGGACAACCCAAACCAAUACAACUAUGUGGCCUAGGCCAACUUUAUUUAGUAUUAUUCUUUAGGAUUAAGUAAUAAUAGUUUCUACUAAACGUUUCUAAAAGAAAAAUAUCUAGUCCAGUUUAAAUUCUGGCUUAUUUUUUGUAUUUAUUUUUGAUUUAUCAUAUUGUAUAUUUUUGCUACCUCGAAUAUAAGUAACAAAUGCGCUAUUGGUAAAAUAUAAUUCUCACUGAUCUUAUCAUUUCAAUUUUAAUCUGUUCGUAUCGUAAAUUUUAGGACAACUGUAAGUAUUGGAAAGGGAUGCUAUAAAAAUGAUAAAUCUGCCAAUUUUUGUAAUCUGACUUGAUUCUUAACAGCAUUGAAGUACUAGUGGGUAUGUUUUGCAUAUAAAAUUUGCUGGAAUAAAACAUUAAAUAGCUUUUAAA